AACUUUUUCUAGUUCAUAGUGGAAAAUAUUUUUUUCUCUCCUUUCAAUCUGACUGAAAUUACUACAAGAAUGUACAGCACAAAAUGAAGAGAUGAAUAUAAAAAAAUGAAACAUGAUGAAAGUUGUCAUAAAAAUGGAUUAGUGAGUGUGUUUGGUGAGCGAAGGGUUAAAGCAGCACGCUGUGACGCUGACCUUUGACUCGGAGCUCUCGAGAUGCUCGUCAGUCUCCCUCGCCACCUCCUGACCAGUGCAGCGACGCUCGCUUGCUCGCAAGGCCUCCCAGGAUACAAGAUGGAGCGAGGUUGUCACAUCAACGUAGCGAUGGUGGACGACAUCGGCGUCAACGGCCUGAUGGGUUCAAGGGUCGCCACGGUUACGGAGCCGCCGGCCAAGCAGCUCUGCGGCUCCACCGUCAGCUUUCACGAGGUGGGCUACAAGGUUCACGAGACAAACGGCUUCUUCUGGAAAAACACCUCAAGUACUCGCCAGAUACUGCUGGACCUCAAUGGUAUCAUGAGGCCUGGCCUGAACGCAAUUCUCGGCCCCACCGGAAGUGGAAAGUCAUCUUUUUUGGAUAUUCUCGCUGCGAGGAAAGAUCCCUCUGGCCUUUCGGGGGAAGUUUUAAUCGAUGGAGCGCCGCAACCACCCAACUUCAAAUGUCUGUCUGGCUACGUCGUCCAGGACGACGUGGUCAUGGGAACGCUAACCGUGAGAGAGAAUCUCCGUUUCUCAGCAGCGUUGCGUCUACCCGCCCGUGUGUCAGAGCGUGAAAAAGAGGCCCGCGUCAAUCACCUCGUCACGGAACUCGGCCUCGCCAAGGUGGCCGACUGCAAGGUGGGCACUCAGAUGACCCGUGGCAUCUCGGGAGGUGAGAGGAAGCGGACCAACAUUGGGAUGGAGCUGAUCAUCGACCCUCCUGUGCUCUUUUUGGACGAACCCACCACGGGCCUGGACGCCAGCACAGCUAACUCUGUCCUGCUAUUGCUACGAAGGAUGGCCAUUCAAGGGAGAACCAUCAUCAUGUCCAUCCACCAGCCUCGCUACUCCAUCUACAGACUCUUUGACUCGCUCACUCUGUUGGUUGGAGGCAAGAUGGUGUACCACGGACCAGCGCCAAACACAUUGGACUACUUUGCAAACAUUGGAUAUUCCUGCGAGCCCCACAACAACCCAGCUGACUUUUUCCUGGAUGUGAUCAAUGGAGACUUCACUUUAACCAGCAUGUCCAAAGUCAGUCUUUCUGAAGAGUUGAACUUGGAGGUGAGCAGCUCCAGGGCAAGCAUGGAGGAGCGGCUGGUGGAGGAGUACAAGAAGAGCAGCUAUUGCAGCGACACGUUGGUCCAGCUGCAACGCAUCACUCAAGACAAGCGGCACUCGGCGCCGCCCGCCUCCCGUACCGUCACCUAUAUCACCUCAUUUGGCCACCAGAUGCGUUGGGUACUCCACAGAACCUUCCAGAACCUCCUGCUGAACCCACAAACGUCUGUGGCACAGGUGGGCGUGCAUAUAUUCCUGGCUCUCGUUGUGGGAGCCAUUUUCUUCAGAGUCAAAGACGAUCAGAGUGGCAUCCAGAACAGGAUGGGGGCGCUCUUCUUCAUCACGACCAACCAGUGUUUCAGCACAGUGUCGGCGGCCGAGCUCUUCAUCGCUGAACGGAAGCUCUUCACGCACGAGUACAUCAGCGGCUACUACAGAGUAUCCGUCUAUUUCCUGUCCAAGGUGUUGUCCGACAUGGUCCUGCGCACCGUCACCUCUGUCAUCUUCAGUUGCGGUGUAUACUUUAUGAUCGGGUUGAAGUGCACCUUAUCCGCAUUCUCCGUGUUCACACUAACGGUGACGUUGGUGGCGUACACGGCCACCGCCAUGACCAUGGCAAUCUCGGCAGACCAGACGGUGGUUGCGCUCGCCAACAUCUUCAUGACCGUCACCUUUGUCUUCAUGAUGAUCUUCUCGGGUCUUCUGGUGAACCUUCCGAGCGUCAUGGACUGGCUGGCGUGGCUCAAGUAUUUCAGUAUUCCCCGCUACGGCCUUGCGGCCCUGAAGAUCAACGAGUUUGUGGGGUUAAAAUUCUGCCAGAAUGCCAACAUGGCCACCGUUGUGUCCAGUUGCAACUGCAGCGUGGCAACCAAGGUUGGACAUACAUGUACGGGGGAGCAGUACUUGGACUAUUUGGGGAGCCAGUACGACACGUGGGGCUUGUGGCAGAACCACGUAGCAUUAGCCGUCAUGCUCGUGGCCUUCCUGCUCAUUUCAUACCUGAAACUUCGCUACAUGAAGAAGUUCACCUAAAAAGGUAGCUCACAUUGUUUAUUUAUAAAUAUUUACCUUUAUUCCAUUAUUUUAAAAGUAGAUGUGCUUUUUAUUGUACUUGGCACAGAUCACUUGAUUUGUUUUAUUUACCUCUGCAGUAAACAUUUUAAACUGUACUGGCAUUGUUUGUAUUUUAUUAUUUCAAGCAAUUUGUACAACUGCAUUCGCAUAUAAAUGUCAUGGUAAAAGCA